UACAAAAAUAAAUAAAUAAAUCUUAACCAAAAUAAAUGAAUAAAAAUGAAAAAUAAUAAUAAUAAUAAAAGGAAAACAUAAAGAAAGGGGUGCAGUGGUGUUGUGGAGUUAGCGAGCGAGUAGAUGGUGAAGAAGAAGAUGAGCUCUUCUUCCUUAACCCCUCUUUCUCUCUAUUUCUCUCUCUUACCCAUUUUCAAUUGUAGAGAUCUCAUCAUCACGCUCUCUCCUUCUCUCUCUAUCUCGCUCUCUAGUUGGUAAUGGUAAGGAGGAGGAGGGGGAGGAGGCGAGAGGUGGAUUUCGGGAAGUGUGAUAUGUCUUGUGGUGGAGGAGGAGGAGGAGGAGGAGGAGGAGGAGGAGGAAGGGGCGUAAAUGAAGACCGAUGGACUUGUGCGAAAGGUGGAGUGGCCAUGAAUUUUCAAAGGGUCAGUUCAAUUGUUCGGGACAUUGGUGAGCCUUGCCUUUCCCAGUCGCCAAUAAAGGUUUCUGUAGCUGCAAACAAAAUGCUUAAGCCACAAAGGUGGCAUGCAGCCUUUGACAGUGAUGGAAAGAUUUUUUGUUUUCAGAAGGCACUUAAACGGAUUAUUCUUGGGGGUGUAGAUCCAUCAAUCAGGCCAGAAGUUUGGGAAUUUCUACUUGGUUGCUAUACUCUAGGUAGCACAGCAGAUUAUCGAAGACAAUUAAGGGCAGCACGAAGGGAACAUUAUGAAAACCUGAUUAAGCAGUGCCAAAUGAUGCAUUCAAGCAUUGGAACUGGUUCCCUUGCUUAUGCUGUGGGAUCUAAAGUUAUGGAUAUGAGGGCCCCAUCAAAAGAUGAUGGAAUAAGAGAUUCAAAUGUGGAAACAAGACAAGCUUCCAUUGAUAAUGCUAACAAAGUAGAGGGUAACUGUUAUAGGAAUAAUGAUACUAAAUUGUCUUCUUCAUACCACAGUGAAACUUCUAGUGAUUCAGGUGACCUUGUCAGUGUGAGGAGAAGCUCUGAAAAUGCUGCAAAUGACUCUUCUCUUUUCAUGGCUACUUCUGGUUCCCAAAAGUACAAUGUAGGGACUGAAGCAAAUGGAUCACCGCGUGUAAAUGAAAAUUGCUUUGAUUUUCCUCCUUUGCCUGUUACUGAUUUGUUUGGCAAGAGUGACAAAGAUAAGGAAGAAGUUGACAUGCAAGACAACAAACUUUCUCAACAAAAAUUGAGAUUGAAGGAUAACAAAAUGCACAGUUUCCAAAUAAACAAUAACAUAGAUUUAGUUAUAGAGUCAAACACCCCAUCAUCUAACAAUGUAUCACAUCCCAUAAACGCUGAAAUUGAAAUGGCUCGUGCUGAUGUCUGUGAACCAGAACCAGUACUGCAGUCCAAUAUUAGUGAUAAGAAGAAAGACAUAGUAAAGAGAAUGAGGAUAUCAGAUGUACCAGAUACUGAAUUUGUUGAUGGAACUUUGCCUCAAGUAGAGGCUGUGAAUAAAGAUAGAGUAUCUGAAUGGCUUUGGACUCUUCACCGCAUAGUGGUUGAUGUGGUGAGAACGGAUAGUCAUCUUGAAUUCUACGAGAACACAAAAAAUUUAGCUAGGAUGUCAGAUAUUCUUGCUGUUUAUGCUUGGGUUGAUCCUGCAACUGGUUACUGUCAAGGUAUGAGUGACUUGCUGUCUCCAUUCAUUGUUCUCUUUGAAGAUGACGCUGAUGCAUUUUGGUGCUUUGAAAUGCUUUUAAGAAGAGUGCGUGAAAAUUUUCUAAUGGAAGGACCAACUGGAGUGAUGAAGCAGUUGGAAUCAUUGUGGCAUAUCUUGGAAUUAACUGACAGAGAAAUCUUUGCACAUCUGUCACAUAUAGGUGCUGAAAGCCUUCAUUUUGCAUUCCGAAUGUUGCUGGUACUCUUCAGGCGGGAGUUAUCAUUUAACGAUGCUCUCUGUAUGUGGGAGAUGAUGUGGGCAGCUGAUUUUGAUGAAUCCAUGGUCAAUGAUUUAGAGGAGAGUCGUCUAGAAGCAUUGAUGGUUCAGCUGCCAAGAGAUUCUGAAGCAGAAAUGAGGGAUGAAACUGAAGAAAAUGGUAGCGGUACUACAAAAGGAUGCUUAGAGUUGAAUCAUGGAAAUGUGAACUGUUCUUUGUCUGAAAAUGAAAUUAAGUCAGAAACAACUCAUCACUUUUGUGGCUUGUCAAGAAAUUUUUGGACAAGGAAUGAUUCAAUGGAGAUCUGCACUGCAUUGUCAUCAACUAAGAAAGGGGAUGAUGAGUUACCAGUAUUUUGUGCGGCAGCAGUCCUUGUCAUAAAUCGUAAUAAAAUUAUUCGAGAGACCCGUUCAAUUGAUGAUAUGAUAAAGAUUUUUAAUGACAAUAUACUGAAGAUUAAUGUAAAAAGAUGUGUGCGCAUGGCAAUCAAGCUUCGGAAAAAGUAUUUCUACAAGCAGCUUAUCAAGAGAAAGAGCCCUGGAGAAAGGAAUGGUGACUGAGAAGUAUAGUGGUCGUCCCAAAUUUGAGAAUGGCUGUGCAGUGCAAUUGCAUUAAGCUGAACUUCUGCCGCCAUUGACGAUUUGUUGCCUGCUUCCACUCCCACUUCAUAAGAUAUAAUUCUUGUGCAUUUCUCCCAUUCGCCAUAUAACAAACAAAGUUUUGUAGUCCAAGGGAGAAGUGUAAGGCAUACAUGAAUUUGUACCAGUUUUGAGACAACACAAAGGCCCUCCUACUGAGGGCCUCACCCUUUCUUUAUUUUAUUUUUGUUGUAUAGGAUGGUCUAAGUUAAAUGAAAAACAUUUAUUUUUAUUUAUAAAUUUUUACGAAAUCUUGUAAUUUUACCAUAGUUAGUGAAUAAAAUCAUUAAAAGAUUUGUUGGUA